AUGGAAGCGGUACCAAAAAUUGGGAAGCUUUGUGGAAAAAAGCUGGAUAAGGGUUUCAAGGACGGUCCUAGAUGCAUAAACUGGAUGGGAGCUGCGAAUGUGUCAUAUGAGGAGAUCAUUCGCUUGGAGGAGGUUAUUACACCCAAGGAUGACAUCUACCCAUACAUCUCAUGGACAGGAAAUUAUGAUGUUGUCAAAGCUCAGGCGUUUCGCAGAGAUGAUAAUGUGGAGGAUGAUAUAAUCAAGGUUCUGAUGGAGAUGAUAAAGAAGGGGCAUGAUUUUAGUGAGCAUGUUUGGGAAACUGAAGAAAAUGAAGUGAUUUCUGUAUCUCUCGAUGACGAAUCAGCUGUGAAUGAUGAAGCAAGCGUGAAUGUUGAAGCAGCCGAGAGUGAUGACGACUUUCAGACUCCGAAAGGAUCAAAAAACGUUGGUUCUAGAUCAAAGAGGGGUAAAAAGAGGCUUCCCGAUCGUGGUAUGGAGAAGAGAAAGCAUAAGGAUACAGAAACAGAUGGCCGAGACAUUUGA